GUUUUAUGUCGGUCAUUCGAGCGCGUGGUGGCGCUGUGGGCGGAUCCUCUCAUCCGGGACAUCAGGCGAAUGACGUCAAGGCGCCGAAAUAAACAACAGUGAUAACAGCCCAUAAUAACUAAUGCAGUAUUAUUUUCAGAAAUAAUAGCACACUGAUGCGUUUUAUUACCCCGCGCAGCUGUUUAUAACAGUAGUGGGGAAACAACUGUUUGCAGCAAGAUGCAGGCGGCAGAGGACGCGCAGUGCUCACUGUCGGAGCGAGUGGAGUCUAUGGGAGUGAGUGAACAGAAGAAAACUGCGGGAAAAGAGGAAGAAAAGGAGGAAGAGAAAAGAGAGGAGACGAAUACAGCCCCGAAAGAGGAUGACGCAAAUGUAGAAGGACACAAAGGAUCCAUGGAUGUAGAGGAGCAGAAAGAGGGAAUAGCCACGGAUGGAGAAAUGAAUGGAGGCGGUGAAGGAAAGCUGCAGCAGACUGAGGAGGACUGGGAGAUCCCAUACAGCGAUGAGGAGAUGGAGGACCCUAAGAACUGGAUGCCUGCACCCGAGGAGAUCAAGCGGCUGUAUGAGAUUCUGGCUAAAGGAGAAAUGCUGGAGCUGAAGUGGGAGCCACUUCCACGCCGACCUCCGACCCCUCCACGCACCCCCUCACCUGAGAGAGAUAGAGAGGACUCGCAGGAGGCCAAACAAGAGGAGAACCAGCACAAGGACCUCACGCCAACUGAAUUUGAUUUCGACGAGGAACAGACUAUGGCAACUCCUAAAAACUCUUUUCUCAGUCGCCGCAGAACACCAGGUUCCUCUGCCCGCUCGACGGUCAAGCGCGAGGCCCGGCUGGACAAAGUGCUGUCGGACAUGAAGCGUCACAGAAAAAUCGAGGAGCAGAUUCUGAGGACAGGCCGGGAUCUUUUUAAAAGCGAUAAAGCGCGGUCGGGGCCUGUCGUGGAAAAGCCCUUGUCGCCCAACAGUCAGCGAGAGCGGGAAAAAGAACGAGAGCGAGACAGCGACCCCAGCACUGUCUUCAGUCCCAGACAGAGGAGAUACUGAGGGAAACAACAGACUGCUUGAGUGAAAGCCAGGUUUUUUUGGGUUUAUACCCUAAAUCGUCAUAAUUCAUCGUUUUGCAUUGGACAAAUGAGAUGCUAUUAUUUUACUGAUGUUGUCUUUUUUAUUCGGAUU